AUGGAAUCCAUGAACAUGUCAUAUAUGGACCCCAAAACAGUGACACUGAUUGGCAUCCCUGGACUGGAGCAUGUGCAGUUUUGGAUUGGGUUUUCCUUCUUUGCUGUGUGCCUAGUGGCUCUUUUGGGAAACAUUAUUUUACUGAUCAUCAUCCCUACAGAACACAGUCUGCACCAGCCCAUGUACAUCUUCUUGGCAGUGUUGGCAGCCACUGACAUAGGACUCUGUGUAGCCAUUGCUCCAAAAAUGUUGGCUAUCUUCUGGUUUGGUUUUUAUUCCAUGGCCUUUGAUGCUUGCUUAGCCCAGCUGUUCUUCAUCCAUGCCUUGCAGGGCAUGGAAUCUGGAAUCCUGUUGGCAAUGGCCUUUGACCGCUAUGUUGCCAUAUCUAUUUGCAACCCACUGCACUACAAAGUAGUCUUAACCCAUUCUCGGAUUAUGGGGAUGGGGCUUGCCUCCAUGACUAGGGGUGUAGUGUUGAUGGUACCUUUGCCAAUACUGCUCAAGCGACUGCCCUUCUGCAAGGACGUCAUUCUAUCACAUAGUUAUUGCUACCACCCUGAUGUUAUGAAGCUGGCUUGUGGCCCUAUCACAGUCAACAUCAUUUAUGGGUUUGGUCUUGGGCUCUUUGUGAUGCUCUCCACAUUGGGGGUGGAUGCAGUCCUCAUUCUCCUCUCCUAUGUGAUGAUUUUGAAGGCAGUAUUGAGUAUUGCUUCCAAUGCUAAGAGACUCAAAGCCCUCAAUACUUGUAUUUCCCAUAUUUGUGUUGUAUUAUUAUUUUAUACCCCACAGGUUAGCCUGUCUGUGAUCCAUCGCUUUGGGAAAAAGAAGCUGCCAGCUCAGGUAUACAUGCUUCUCUCCUAUUUGCACUUUCUUGUACCUCCAAUGCUCAACCCAAUUGUUUACACUGUCAAAACCAAAGAAAUUCGAGUAUGGAUUCUGAAGAUGUUUCAACGCAGAAAGUUCUGA